UUGAGUUUGACAAAACUGCUACGUCAACGCAGUCAGUCAGCGCCUUGCGAGAGGUGUGAGCGCCGUGCCUCGGCAGAAUUCAGGGUGCAAAGGCCCGUUUGUGCUUACGGCCGUCCACGAUCAAACGGUGUCGGGCCUGGGCGUCUCCCGUUAAUGGAUGCCCAAAUUAUGGAUGAUGGAAAAAAGAUAGUGCGCAAAGGGCCGCUGCCUGGAGGUCGCCAGGGCGCGUCUGGAGCUGGCGCUGGACGCGACAGCAUGCGGGCCGCCAGCCGAGCGCGGGGUGCUGCAAGACCACUUAGCAACCCCCCGCAUCCAUCAUCCCCACCAGAAGGCUUGGUGUCGGCUGGGUCUUCUCGGACUCAGCAAGCGGCACCCGCCGCUGGUGGAGCACGUCGCAUGCGUUGGUCAAAAUUAAUGAAUUCAAACGCACUGCGGGCGUACUAUAGGGCAAAAGGGGAAGAAACUGGAUGUUUGGUGUAUCGGGCUCUCUCCAUCCGUCAUCUCUAUCCGUCACUGAGCAAAACCUGGCAGACCGAGUUCGGUACAUCAUGCGCUCCAACAUAUUCGGUGACGCCGAACUCGAACGACUACGACGACGUGAGGCCUAUUCCUUCAUCGAAUGGAAAUGCUACGGCUGGGAAUGCGGCGCCACUAGAUGCGCAACAAACUGCAUAUGUGGAUGUUGCCGUCAAUAUUCCAUUUGUGGCUGAAUUCAGACGGUGA